ACGGCUGCCACGCUGCUCGUGAAUCCAAUAACAACCUGUGUGUUCGUGUAGCCUACAGGGUGUAUAUGCGCGUGUGUAAAAGUGUGCGCAUGCUAGUGCAUGCUAGUCUCUGUGUUUAUAUAUAGUUUUUUAAAGGCGCGUUGUGUUCACUUGUGUGUGUGUGUGGGGGGGGUCUAAGUGGACAAAUGGAUGCAGACUGUUAUCAAUUAUGUAAUAUGUGUGCACCAUUUUUAGUGUUGAUGCUGUGUGUGUGUGUGUGUGUGUGUGUGUGUGUGUGUGCGUGUGUGUGUGUGUUUACAUGCUGUGGUGUUUUGCGUGGCCAUUGUGUGGAGCGCCUUGACCAUAUGGGGUGGUUUACUGGUGUAUAACUCAACCACCCCUGAACACCACUGACAGCUAAUUCACGUUCCCUUAUUAUACAACAUAAUGAAGAGCAGAGUCUCCUUUGUGCCGUUGGUUUUAGCAACACACUGCGAUGGUAAUGUGACACAGCAUCCUGGUCAUUGUGAAAGCUCUCUGUGACUUUCGUUAUUUUAAACCUAUACUGGUGCUUAGAUUGUGAGCGUACUGGAUUUUAAUCAUAGAAAAUGCAGCUCACAGGUUAUAGUGUACUUUUUACAGAAAAACAAGUCCCGUCUCAGGGUCCACCAUGCAGACCCCCCUAAGCUCACACAGCCCCCGCUGCAUCAAAACAACAGAGAAACCAGUUGUUUUUUUACACAAACUCCUCAAAUUGAAAAAUAGCCAACAAAAGAGGCAGAAUCCUCUUUGUACCAGCGAGGAGCAAAAGUGUGUAUUUGUUUCUUUUCUUUGUUUGACCCUGCACAUGCAUUGAGGUGCAUGAAGCGAUGCAGAUUCUGAUCUGAAUCUAACACUGGUUUAUCCGUAAAGCAGGUGUCUCCCUUACUUCUCAAACACCUGCAUCUUCGCUGAAACCUUACAAUUUAAAAACACUUCUCAUCAAACAGCCGCAAGAGUCCAAAGUGUUUCAAAUAACAUAAACUUCAAGCUCAUGGAGGCAUGCGAGAAAAAGGUUUUCUUCAAAAUCAAAGAUAACAUAAUGUAUAAAAGGUCAUUUUGUUGUUAACGUGUUCCUUUAAACAUGACAUUUGAAACAACACGAGCAGAGAUAUGACAUUUCUUUUCAUCCUGUAACUUCUUUUACUUCAGUAAAAAACAGAAAUAACACUGUGUGUAGAAACACCACAAACAUCUUUGCCAAAAUAAGAACAUACGUAAUAUCAAAAUAUACUCUUAACUGCCUAAAGUGAAAGUACUCAUCAUGUAGAAUGGUCCAUGUCAGAGUAAUGUAUAUUAUUUCUUUAUAGCCAUUGAUGCAUUAAUGUGUGUGAACAUCAUUUUAAUGUCAUUUUAAUCAGUAUCAAGUAACUGGCAACUAAAGAGAUCAGAUAUGUGUAGUGGAGUAAAAGUAUGGAGUAGCAUAAAAUAGAAUGAAUUAAGAUAUUACAGGAUUCACUCAUACGUCCUGUAGUACAGUAGGAGCUGGGAUCAGAGUUGGCAGUAGAACAGCAUCUGAAUUGACCUCCACUGAGCGCUGUCCAGGGGAAAGUGCUGGUGGAGAGGUGGAGGUUUCAGCAGGGCAUGUGGACCCGGAUGUGGCCAACCUGGCGGCCCCUCGGACCCUCACAGCGCCCGACUGUCCGAGACUUUUUUUCAUUCGUCUCUUUUUUUUCCCCUCAUUCAUGCUCUCCGCCAGGACGCACAGGUAUGCAUUCUGCAAACAUUACCCGUAAAUGAUCCUCUACAUCCAUUUUUUUUGUAGUCUGUCCGUUACAAACUGCCCUCAGUGCCAUUGCAAUUAAAUAGCAUGCCAGAAUCUGAAAGGCACCUUAUCAACCACAAUGCCAAAUACUAUUAAAUCCCACCAUUUUUCUUUGUAAAUGUCACGUCGCUGGUGGCCACACUUCUCUUUAAUGUGAUGCAUUACGUUGCCACCUUGAAAGCAGUCUGUGUGUGUGUGUGUGUGUAUGUGUGGGUUUUGGCACUGAAGGAAACCGGGACUAAGCUGAAGACUUUCUGUGAGAUUUGCAGGUACAGAGUAAUUAUCUGCAGUUGGUCCGCGGGUAAAAAUACCUGUGGCAGCAUGCAACAAUAUGGUUUCCUGUUUUGUUAUGGCGGCAGCUGAGAAGGAUGUAGAAGACUGCAGAGAGAAUUUGGUGAGAAGCAAACUUUUAUCAAUGGUGUGACGAGUUUGGAUUUAGCCACUUUGCGUGGCUAAUUUUGCAUCGGCCUCAAAUCUCACGGGAUUUACCUGUUGGCUGUGUGAGCUGGUUUUUCAGAUUUGCUUUGCAGCCUGGCAGCCGACGAAGGAGCUGACGAUUCAGUUCCUGAGGUUUCAAAGUGGAUCAGAAUCGGUGUUUUGCAGUGGCGUUAGAAUGUGAUCGGUUGUGUGUAAUCAACAUGUUCUCGUUCCAACUCGUCGCAUACUGAAGCUGUGUCAGGGUCGCUUUCUAACGCACGGUCACAGUAAACACGUGCGUUAACGUUGUGAAUUCAAACAAACACCUUUUGGUUAGGUUAAGGAAAAACAUCAUGGUUGGGCUUAAAAUAAGUACGUAAACUUAGGUUUAGGCAACAAAACCACUUAGUUAGGUUCAAGCAGCAAAGCCUUUUAGUUAUGUUUUGGAAAAACACCAACAUCACUAACGAGAAAAUAACCGGUCUCAUUUUUCCAAUCGCCAAUCGGAGCAUACUGAGCUUUUUUUGUGAUGGGAUCUUAAAGAAACAGGCGCUAAAACAGAGCGUUUCAGACAAAGAGUGAAUGCAGGUAUAGUCAGACCGACAGGAUGAGAAAAAUAAUGUGUUUUUUGAACAAUAAAGCACGUAAACAUGUUCUUGUAGAAACCCCAAAUACAAGUAUGAACUUGACAAUGAGCUAUAGCUUUCGCUGUAGGGACCUACAACAGUAUUGCCAGACACUGUAUAUCCAUCCAGAUAACAUAAUUAAAAAAGAAAACAAAGGACAUGACAGAUGCUGUUGCUCUACACGUCAUAAUGAGUUCUGUAGAUCACAAGCUGCUGUAAGCUGUGACUUUUGACAGCACAGGUCUGGUCUGCCGCUUGUUAUUAAAGCUAAUUCCAUUACACUUCAUGUCGGUGCUACACCUACAGUAAACUCCCCCACAACAGGAUAACAGUGCACAUACAGUAUGCAUCAUAAUGAAGCUUAUGUUUUCAGUUUGGUUCGUUGGUUUGUCUUUUUGCCAGCAGGAAUAUUGAAAAACUACUGGCCUAAUGUUCAUGAAACGUGUUGGGAGGGUGUAGCCAAAGAUAUAGGGUAGGAGUAGAAGGGACAUUCCCAUUCAAAUCAAUGUUGUAGGAUGGUCAGAGUGGCAGCCAUUUUUAAAGUUUAACAACUUAAUGCUCCACACUCUUGUCACAGCAUAGGAAAGCUAUCAUUGCUAUCACCGGAUGAGUGACAACUUUGUUCAGCUCAUUUUCUGUAACCAAUAUGUCAUUUAAGUAUCGUAGAAUUAGCAAGCUAGCUAGCUAACUAGCCAGUUGUCCGCUAGUCAGCUAGCUAGCGUGUUAAUUCCACCAUGCUUUAAUGCAGCUCUCAUUACAGAAAACAAGCCGAACAGCAGGCUGGUAGCCAGUGGCACGGUCCCUUCACCUCGCUCCCCAAUCGCUCCGGAGAAGGUCAAGCUACCUAGCUAACUAGCCAGCCACCCGGCGAUCUGCGACAACCCUUUAUGGCCCCACUGACGUGCGUUGUCACCAUAACAACUAACAGCAAUCGCCAUUUUCUUUAGUUCUAGUCUAACGACCAUUGAAGACAGUUCAAUGUCCGUUCUACUCCUUUUUAUAUAUUUCUACUUGUGCAGCCAAGGCAUAUACACACAUUAUUUGUGCCCUGGCAGAGGUCUGUGCCCUUCUAGUUCUUUCAUUCAUUUAUUUUCUUGUUUGCUUGAUUGUUUAAAGCCAUUUUGUUUUCAGUAGUCCUCCGAUGACAUCUAUCCUAUCCUACUUCAUUGUGUUCUUCCACCUGUUGUUUAUCUCCCUGAUGGCAACACGCAUCUUCUCCCAGUGGUGUUUUAGUCUGUAAGAGCCUCUCCAAUCAGUCCAUCGGUUAGACGAGUGUCACACCUGACUCUACCUGACUUGUGUUCAGAGCAGUGAACGUAUUGCUGUAGUACAUCUCACAGCACGGGGGAUCAUGCUCAACACUCUCACGCACCCCUUUUUAACAUUUCAGCGCUUAAUCUGCGAUCGCACCGCACCGAUAAGGAUGAGCCUGUGUGCGUGCUGUCACAGCUCACCGUUUCCCCAAAAGUACAACUUUCCAGGAAGUGAGAUCAUCUGGCCGAGGGUCCCAUUGACACCCAUAUGUUAGCAACGGUUGGGCUUUGACCCGUGGUUCGCAGGGAUCGGGGACAGUUUUAUUCCCAGCUGUUGAGAAACAAUGCAGCUGUAAGAAUUUGGAAGGGGAAAAAAAGCAUUUCUGCAAAACACAUGAUGCAAGAUAACGUCUUGUAUGUUGACCGGCUCAGCGUAGCACAGUGUGGUUGGAAAUCCCCAUAUGAUAUCGGUCAUAACAUCAAACACAAUAUCCCAAUUGUGCUACUGCGGCUUCGUGCUCCAUUUUUUUUCCUUCAGAGGAAAUUAGCAGAAAAUCCCCUUAGCAGCAAUACGGAUCCAUCGCACUUGUCGUCAAUCUACUUUGUAUUCAAUUUGUGCGCCACACGACCUCCUCUUUCAGUCAAUGCCCUUGACUUUUAAGUAUGGAACACUGUUCCCAGAUAACCUCCAUCUCUCUGCCCCCGUUGCCCUUUUUGCCCCCCCCCUCAAUCAGCCUUUUCCCCCGAUAUUUCGCUAAAGCUCUCACAACCCCCUCCUCUCGCUCCUCAGAUCAUUUACAUUCGCUUUGUUCUGCGCAGAUUAAGGUCGCACGCUGAUGAAGGCCUCCGAAGCCUCCGAGGUCUCACAGUCUCAUUUUCGGAAACAUCUCCGAACAUGCACUUCUCUAUUUGCUCGUAGUUCUGAAACCGUCACUGAACAGUGUGUUUGCACCACAUCCACCGCACAGCGUUUUGGAAGAGGAAAUGACAGGUAUUCAAUUGCAGCAAUGGCAGCACCUGAGUAGUUCUGAGUGAAAGACUUUAGUUACGAUGAAACCGAUACAUGCAGCAGCUUUCUGCCGGUAUAGAGCUGUUAAAACAAUGCCCUCAUGCUUUCAAACCUCCAUCCACAAUAUCACAUUUUUCCCGCCGCGCCAAGGCUUAUACAGGAGACCCUGUUAGGCCACAUUAAAUCUGGCUGACGUUGGAGUGAGUGUGUUUCACUUCAGCUACCGUUGUGGGUUUUAACCCCAGAGGCUGAUUGAGGAACAAAGUUUCCAGUGAAAGCGACACACUUUGAGACAACCCGUUGAGAAACUGACACAGGAUGUGGGACAUGAAGUUGCCUCUGUCUGUCUGUGUGUGUGUGUGUGUGUGUGUGUGUGUGUGUGUGUGAGAGUGUGUGUGUACUUGCACUUGCCUGCCUGUGUGAAACUAAAAAGCAAGACACAGUGUGUGUGCGUGUGUGUGUGUGUGUGUGUGUGUGAAGUCCCCUUUUCAGUACAGUUUACGCUGACUAAUACACAACCAUGCAAAUGCCUAUGUCUAGUGCGAUGUAAGCAUUUAGUCAUGUGUAGGACUGAUUUGCUAAAUCUUUAUAAAUGUAGGCUGGCUUGGCUUUCACUAUCCACUGCACACAGAUGUUUUUAUUGUCUCACAAAGCUAACUCUCUCACUUAACAGCAUCCAAACUGUUUAAGUCAUUUAAAAGAUGGCAUACUCUGCCUUUUAAAAGGCUACUCCGAUGAUUUAUAAUGAUCAUAUAAUGAAUGCGUUAGAUAGAUUUUAAAAAAAAAGAACAGUUGAAAUUGACGCAGCAGAGGCCAAGAUAUCCUCAUUCGUCCUUAUUUGUGUCCCACAAGUUCUUGAGCCUACACUUCCCAUAAUGGAUCUGAAUGCCUACUGUCAUUACACACACUCUGCCUGGUAAACACCAAUGUCUUUUGAAUUGAUUGUCAAAGUUGUACAUUUAAAGCUCCAAUAGAGUUGUGAAGUGCACAGAGCAGUGUUGGGCGCCCCUUGUUCGGGUAAUAAAAGUCCCAUUAAUUUUCUCCCCAGACAAUGUUACAUACCAACUCUUCAGAUGCUAACUGUAAGCUAGCUAGCAGAGGCCUCGGCCGUGUCUGUGGCUGAACGCAAACUUGUUGUUAUAUCGCUCCGGUCUCUCCUUUGUCCUCUUGCCUCUGUACUUUUAUAAAGACCAGGGACACACGCACAUUUUGGCGCUCAAGUUUGAAACAUUUGUAAUUUGCAUGGAUGUGUCUUCACUGUCACUUCCUGGAGUAUUCUUAUCCAAUUCUAUAUUUCUGUUGAUUUUAUAUGCAGUUACGCUGCCUCAAGGUUUGCCAUGUAGAGUAGUCUGAACACAGAGUCAGUGCCAAAGAUGAACAAAUAUGGUACAACAUACCCGGUUCUUUGAUAAAAAGUCUAGACUGUGUAGAUAUAAAAAGAAUUCGUUGCCUGAUGUCCUUGACUCUAUUUGUAAAAAAGUUUAAAAACUGCUCAGACAUCUCUUGUGAGGCAUCAGUAAAAUGACGGGAGGAGGGGGUGACCACUGAGUUCAUUAUAGAAUUCUCAGAUUCGAGUGAUUUGCUAAAAUUAAGUUGGAGAAGAAGGAAGUUCUUGCUUCAUUGCAUCUUGCCAACUCUCAUAAAAUACAUUUUUUUCCAUUUUCGUUCCUUUCUCCUACAGCCUCUCUUUAAAUCACGGGUGGUUUCCUUUAGCUAGGGCUGGGGUGUUAUAUCUGACCUUUUGUCUUUCAGGGGGGCAACAGAGUCCAGGACAGUCUGACAGGUUUGAUCAAAAAGACCAGCUCCUCUAAGUUACUGUAUAAUGAGGAUUAAAGGCAGUUCAAAAAGCCAUGGUAAAAUGCUUAGAGAACAUGCUUGCAGACAUAGAGUUAAAAACCAUGUGAAGUAUGAAUAACUGGUCGAGGAUGGAAUAAAACCACAUUGAAUAAAACGGCUUUGUGAUCAGACACACAGAUAUCCUUCAUCUCAAAGUUGUAAGGGCUGAGACCAUGGUAAAUAACCAGGUCGAGGGCGUGACCCUUUGAGUGUGUGGGCUCCUGUACAGCCUGAGUGAGCUCAAAAGAUUCCAGCAUAUCCAUAAAAUCAGUGACGAAAGUCUGUGAAGGGCAGCAGACAUGUAUGUUAAAAUCACCUAAAAUAAGAAUUUUGUCAUACUUUGAUGUAAAAUGGGAUAGUAACUCACCAAAUUCUUGGAUAAAAACACUGUUAGGUGGGUCUGGGCGGUCUGUAGAUUAAUAAAAUGAUCACUGGAUCUUUAGAGUUUACUAUAAAACCAAGAUGUUCAAAGGAAGUAAGACAGACAUGUAAAAUGGGAGUACAUUUAAAAACUGUUCUGUAGAUGACAAUUUGGCAAUGUUAAGUUCACAACUGCGUCGACAAAGUGUUUUAGAUUCGCAACAGCUCUGAAUCUCGCCAUUUACUGUCUUCUUGUCCAUAGCAACAGAGGCUGAGGCUCAUGGGUAUUGUAGUAUUCCGACCCAUCCGCCAUGAAACAAAGUUUAAAUAAUUAAAACUGGCGGCCAUAGCGUAAAUUUAUGGGAUGAUUACAUUGUCGGAUAAUCUUGCAUGUUUCUAUGUUGAGUAACUGUUGAGGAGAUCAUCAAAGUAAAAACUUUAUUUUUCUUCCUGAACCCGAUUGGGCAAGACCCAGGCCAGGCUGUAGUUUGUUUAAAUUCCUCCUCUUCAAUCCAGUUUCCCAGCGUUGUUUUUUUGUCUGCGUGGACCACUUAGUCGGAGAAGGCUGUAGCUUGUAAAAUUCUUUCAAAAUAUAAUUACUUUUAUUCUUUGUCAGUGUUAAUAUGGAUCAUCAAUGAUCAUCAAUUAGUAUCAGCGGCAAAAAUCAGGAUCUCUAGAAGUUAUAUUUUCUCCCUUUUUUCUUUUGUGUUGAUCCGUGAUAGGAUCCGAACCGUGAGAAACACAAAGCACCUGUGAAAAACUGUUAUUACAUCAAGAAAGUCAGGACCCAACGUUGAUCACAGGCCAGUCUUACAUGGGUCACACAAGAGGCUUUACGACAUCCUACUGUGACUCUUUGACCUUGGUACAGUUUGUGUAAAAAAGCAUAAUUGGAGACAUUUGCUCGUGUAUUUGAAGAUUACCGUAAUGGACGUCGCAAACCCCCGACCCCUCGAAGCGUUGAAUAUCCUUCACUACUGCUGUUACUCAUCACCUCUCAUCUUCCCAUCCCCCACCCUUCCUUCCCUCACAUCCACAUCAUGUUGCCCUCUUACUGUCCAUUUGGUGCUGUCCCUCCUAUUAAACCUCUCUUCUCUGGUGUCACUUUCCCUUUCAGUCUCGUCGUCCUGGCCUCAUCCCCCCCCCCACCUGGCUCUCUCAUUUUCCCACUCUGGUCAACCCUCUGCUGUAUUCUUCUCAUCCUUCCUCACCCCCUCGUCUUCUAACCCUCUGUCUGCUGCUCAGGCCAGUUCACCUGUGGAUCAGCAUCCCCGCCAGAAACCUAAGGGAUUCCACAAGCGCAUCGACCCGACCGACAUCCCUGCGGAGCACAGCCAGGCGACACCAACGCCGAUGCGCCGCACGCAGCCGUAGAGCAGCGAAGGGCCGAGGGGGGUCAGGGGUGAAAAAGGUCGCAGACGGACAGAGCCGGAGCAGGCGGGAGGGGAGACGACGAGGGGAACCGGGACAUCGGGGGAGGAAGGUCUCAUCAGUGACAGGGGACCAUCCGGGGGUCGAAGAUGAUGACAUCACAUGUGAAGCUGAGGAGGGAGAAGGGCAGCCUGGCCGAGUACGAGUCGCAGAUGAAAGACCUGCGGGCUCAGCUGACAGACCAGAUAAAGAUUUUAGACUCCCAGGUGGAGGUGAAACAGCAGCAGCUCUCAGACCUCUCUGAGUUUCUCCGGCGCCGAGGCGACAUCGAGGCUGAAUACGCGCGCGCCCUUGACAAACUCACCGAGCGAUUCACCCACAAGACCAAGAAGAAGGAGCAGUGGGGUCAGUCAGUGUGUCAGGUCUGGUCUGUUUUGCUGACUCAGACUCGUCUGGAGAGCCGGGAACAUGCAGCGCUGGGUGACACCUGCUGUAACACACUCACACAGCGGUUGGCUCACAGCACGGAGGAUACACACCGUCUGCACAAACGGAGCAAAGAAGUUGGCAUCCAGAUGCAGGAUGAGCUGCUGAAGGUCACCACUGAAAUGCAGACGGCUCUGAAGACGUACAACCUGUACCACAUGGACUGUCUGACAGCCGAGGGGAAGCUGAAGGAAGCCGAGCGGUUGGAGGAGAGACACACCGGCAAGUCAGCCGAGCUCGGCCCCGGCCCAUUGGGAGGGCAGAGGCGGAGCUCCGUCAAGAAGAUGGAGAGAUUGAUGGAGAAAAGGCACGGCAGAGUGCAGGAGAACCAGCUUAAGUGCACCAAGGCUCGUAACGACUACCUGCUGAAUCUUGCAGCGGCCAACGCAGCCAUGAACAAGUACUACCUGCAGGACAUCAGCACGCUCAUCGACUGCUGCGACCUGGGUUUCCAUCUGUCCGUGGAGAGGGUGAUGAAGUGCUACCUGACCAGCAGGGGGCGCAUCCAGAAGACGGAGGAGACGGGUCUUAAGCAGCUGGAGGCUGCCGUGACGUCCCUGGACCAGGGUGGAGACAGAGAUGCGUUGCUGCAGCAACACGACGCCGCCUUCUGUCUGCCGUUCAGAUUCAGCUACCAUCCGCACGAGGGAGACCAGGUGUGCGAGGUGAGUGCGGAGAGCCAGGUGAGAUACGAGCUGGAGACCAGGUUCCAGCAGCUUCAGUCUCGACUCGCUGCCGUUACCUUGGAAACAGAGGAGGUCAGUAAAACGCUGAAAGCCACACUCGCAGCCCUGCUGGAAAAUAUGUGUGAAAGCGACUGUAACCCCUCCCCCGACGUGCCCAGCAGCCUAUUGCAUGAGCUGCCUGGAGGAAACACCGCCCCAAAACUUGCCCUCGCCAAGCGUCGAGCCAAUCAGCAGGAGACAGAGACCUACUACUUUACAAAAGUGAAAGACUUCCUCAUCAGCAGUUCUCUGACCUUCAAACUUCAAGCCAAACACGACCUUCUACAAGAUGCCAUACAGAAAGCUGAGUCUGUCGACAGUGACCCCUCCAGAAUGCAAUGUGCUCGGUCAGUGCGCAUUCGGAAGUCCAGACCUGUUUCCCAAUUCUGCCACACACUCUUCACCACAGACAUACUCUCCUACAUACAGAGCUCUGGGCAGCAGAUUCCUGUGGUGGUUGAGAGCUGCAUCCGUUUCAUCAACCUUCACGGCCUCCACCAUGAGGGGAUAUUCAGAGUUCCUGGGUCACAGAGGGAGGUUAACCACAUCAGAGAUGCAUUUGAGAGAGGAGAGGAUCCUCUGUCGGACAGUGAGUGUGACCUGGACUCUGUGGCCGGUGUGUUGAAGCUUUACUUCAGGGGCCUUGAGCCUCCUCUCUUCCCUUACGACAGCUACUCUCAGCUGCUGGAGUGUGUCCAAAUCGAAGGGGUGACGGAGAAAGAUGUCCAGAUUAAGGCGAUCAUCUCCACCUUCCCGCGGCCUCUCCUCAUCGUGAUGCGCUACCUUUUUGCUUUCCUCAAUCAUGUGACUCAGUACAGCGACGAGAACAUGAUGCAGCCCUACAACCUGGCCGUUUGCUUCGGUCCGAGCCUGCUGAGGGGGUUGGACUCCGAUGACGCCGUUGCCAGGCAGCCACAGGUCAACGAUCUUGUCAAAACCAUGAUCCUCCAGCAUGACAUCAUCUACCCCAGCCAAUCAGAGCUGCCGGGCCCCGUCUACGAGAAGCACAUGACUCUGGAGCAGGAGUACUGUGAACCAAUCACAGAGGAGGGAGACGGAGAGACCGAGCAUCUGCCCAGUGAGGACGAGUGGGAGGCGGUGGCUAUGUUUGACUACACGGCGAGAUCUCCAGCAGAGCUGUCCUUCAAGCAAGGGGAGCUUCUCAUCCUUCACAGCAAGGCCUCCUGUGAUUGGUGGAGAGGUGAAGUGGGAGGGGCUAAGGGUCUCAUCCCUCACAAGUACAUCAGCGUGCUGGAAGGAUCAGAGCGAGGGAAAAGAGAGGACAGAGGAGGCGGAGGCAGCACUGGAAACCUGACAGCAGACGAUCUACAGACGGAGAACCCAACCCGGAUGCGGGUGAACAGCGACAGCGCUUCGUUGCCUGGCAGACAGAGAGGAAGCGAGGGGAGCCCCGGUCAAAAGCCGCCAACCUCUCCUGCUGCGCGACACCUGCCAGUGUCUCAGGAGCGAAGACACACUUUGGACACUGUGAGACAGGGCACCUUCAGACCCACAGACAAACCUCCAUUUGGUCAGGCGGAGAGACCAGCAGCCGACAAGGACAUAAUCAGCCGUCAGAUGAACUCCGUGUUCAAGGAGCUCCUGUCUCGCCAGCCUGCCAUGCCGUCAUCCGCCCUCGCCGCCACUGCUCCCUCCUCCUCCUCCUCCUCCUCCUCCUCCUCUCUUCCUCAAGCUGCCCCCGCUGCCAAAAAAGUCGGAUUCGGCCUCAGAGGACGGGCCCUUUUCAGGCCGAUGGACUAAGAGAGGGGGAGAGGUUGGAAUUGCUGAUUCAUUGUUUAACGUUGAUUAUGCUGAUACAUGAUGAUACAUUUGGUGAAGAUCUUGAUUUCUUUUUUAUUGACACAUGUAUGAUAUUUGCGUCGCUGCCAUCUCAUAGUGCCACUAGUGUCGGUGCCGUGUUACUGUGCGUCCCGUGUGUCUGUUCUCCAGCUGCUUUUACGUUCCGGUCGUUUUUUUGUUCUCCAGGCUUUUGUGAUCUUUUCUUUUUCUUUUUGGAGAAUCAGGGAUGUGACAUCACUAUGACUUUUUAAAGCGGUUGCCAUGAUACUUCGAGCAGCAACAAAGUACUUAAGCUGCCCCCUAGUGGCAGGUUGUGAGAUCAGCUCUCCCCUGAUGAUGUUUGCUUCAUUGAGAAAAAAAAAAGAAAACUGAUCCGGGGGCCUGAGUGCCUUCACGUCUUUCACUCUUAUUCCACCUGAAGAGAUCCAGUAGGUUUGAGCUCUGAGUAUUAUGUUAAUAAAAAGUCUAGUGUUCAAUAAUAAAUAAGACAAUAUGCAAUGAAUAAGCAUAUAUGAAUUAACUAUGUAAAAUUAGGAAAUUAUCCAGAAUUUUAUGGAACAAUUAAAGACAUUUUCAAAAGUCAAGUCAUUAUUUUAAAAUGCUAUUUCACCAUUUAUUCAUUUUUCAUAAAAACUUAAUUUGAUUGGAUAUAAUUUAUAAUGGACAUGUUUGUAUCAAAAGGGUCUGCUUUUAUUUCAUGGUGGCAUUUUUCCCGAUGACACUAUUGUGUCAUUUACAGUUUCAUUUCAUAAAGUCACAUUUCAUAAUUUCAUGUCACCUUUCACGAUGGUGGUGCAGUCGAUGCCCUCCCACCUAUCGGGCCAAUGCAAUCUAUAAAAAUCUGAUAUUUCAUCACUUAUGAUGACAUAACAUUUCAUUAUAAUGAUAAUAAGAAUAAUGUCUUAGUCAUGAUAUCACAGAUGAUUGUUUUAUUUAUAUAUCUUACACAGUUUAUUCAUGUGAAUAUUUAUAUCACAAUGAUUUAUUUAUUUAAUAUUGAACAUUUUGGCGCCCCAUAGAUGUUAGCAGUUCGGUCAGUACUUUAUAGCAGCAUGCAGCGUUAGCACACACACACAUACACACACACACAAAGACAGAAAACACAUCCCCUUCAUAUGUGAUACAUGGCCUGAUAAGCAGGCCAAAACUCAGGGCUUUUUGCAGAGUUAGAGCCGGGCUAACUCAGGUUUGGCUUCGAAAGGAACAAGUACGACUUUCUACACUCAGGGCUUUGGUUGACUCGCUCUUCAACUGGAAACAUGUGCCCUAUAGCCUCAAGAGCCAAAAAACGGCCCCCACACCAGAGAGGAUUCAGUGGCUUCCUCUGGUUUAAACUGUGAAUGCAACGGGCGACAUUUCUGUCGCCACUUUGGAAACUCUUGUCACACAUUUUGGCCCCGCUCUGGAUAGAUCUAUAGCACCGUCCACAGGUCUCCUUGUUUCAGGAUGUUUGCAGUGAGGUGUACAUUUAACUUUGUUCUCAUGGCAUCUCCCCUCUGUCUUGUUUCAGUAUUGGAAGCAUAGAAGUAGAAUCCUUUUUUAAAAUCGAUUCUGCCCCUGUGAUUAAAACACCCUGUUAUUCUGGAUCACUGUUUGAUAAUGUCACUAAAUUGACUGUGUCCAAUUGUAUAUGUGGUUAAAAAAGAAACUAAAUUCAAUAAAGAUGAUAAAGAGAUGAA